AUGGUGCCAUUAACAUCUAAUACAACUUCAGUGCCAUUUGAACCCUCGUAUGAAGUAGUCACUGUCAAGUCAUUAACACAACAACACAUAGGUGAAAAAUUAAGUCAACCCAGUAAGCAUUCUUCAAACGGAGUACUGACUCAUACUAAUUUUAUUGGAAUACCUUCACUAAAUUCUAACCAGAAGGUACAGAGUUGUUCAAUAUUGCCUCCUUCCAAGACACAGGACAUAAUUUUACAGUGCUCCCAAAACAAAGUUAUAAAUUCAUCAUCCUAUUCCAAAAAUCCACUCUUUUCCUUACCUGAUCAUCAUCAGAGAACAUUGUUGAGGUCGAACCAGAAUGUCAUGAACACACCUUUGCCUUACCACAAACUUCAAACAACAUCUUCAAUUAAUCCCAGGACAUUACCGAAGCACCAUCAAGUAGCUUUGAGCUCUCAAUUACCUGUCACUAAACCUCAAACUACUUCCUUAGACAAUUGUCUACUUCCUUCACUAAAGUCUGAUCAAAGAGUCAUACAUUCUUCCUUUCCCUUGGUCAACCAUCAAGAAACACCAUAUUUAGACAGGCUCUGGACAUCAUCAUCUUUACAACCCAAUAAAAAAGCUCUUAGUGCAACAACAUCUCAACACAAGCCUCAGAAAAGAUCUUCAUUGAACAGCCUUUGGACAUCCUUAAUAGACCACAGCCAAAGAUCUUUGAGUUCACCAUCUCUCAACUCUGCACCUCAAACACACUGCUUGCUUCAGAAAUCACCUUUGUUGGAACCCAAUCAAAUGACUCUGAGAUCAUCACUAACUGACUCCAGAUCUCAAAUCAAGUCUGUCUCGAACUCUAAUUCCUGUGGUCUGAACUUAGCAUUGUCCCACUCAAGAUCAAAAAACUCUUUGUUACCACAUUCCAUCCAUCAGCCUCAGAGUUUGUUUCAGGCCAAAUCUCCAUCUCUGCUUAUAUGUGAUCAUAUCAUCAAGACACCGAAUUCACCAGUUUGCCACUUUGCCUUUCGGAGCCCCACUUCACUAAACGAUAAACACAGAACCUUAACUCCAUUCCAUACCAAAUUAAGCAUCUCAGGCCAAUCACCAUCAAGAUCCAAACACAGUAUCAGAGCUAGAACUACUUCAGUGGUCUAUUUAAGACCCCAGAAUAAAAGUAGCUGUGAUUUUUGGGCAAAAAUAAAACCAAAGAAAGAGAUUCCCUGGACUUUACAUUUUACUAACCCCUGCAUUGUUAAAGGUGGAACUCUUUCUGAUGAUGUUGUAAAUAAAAUUAUCAAUUCUCUCUCCAAGUCCAGAAUCCAGAGAGAUCUCUGUAGGCAGAUUCUUUAUCGAAGGAUGAGGGGAAAGCCAAAUCCUAGACCAGGUCCCCGCCUUUCAGCAAGCUAUUUGGUCUGUUUAAAUUGUGCCUCCUGCAUAAAAUAUCAGUGUCCCCAUCUUACAGGAAAGAAAGAUCCCUGUGGUGCGACACUGUUUGUCAUACCAACACCUGAGCUCAGUUCUGAGGGGAAAAUAGAGGUGAAAUUAAUUUUUAUCCUUUCUCUACCAGAGACGUCUAUCUUCUCUUCUCUCCCCUUAUUUGUGAAAAGAAAUCAGCCUGAUGAAGAAGCCCCUGAAGACAAUCUUGAAAGAAUGGAAAAGAAAUCAAAAUUGUUCUCAACAUCUGAACUUGCUAUCUCGCAGGAGCUUAAUGUGAAGAAAGAAUGGCUACCAGUGGCCCCUGAAAACAAAGUUGUAAGCCAACAAUCCCCAGCUGUUGACUGGCUGCUUUAUGUUAAGAAAAAUAAUUCUCAGUCACAGAUCCCGCCUCUGUCUUCCUCUCCCUCCAUAGCCUCUUUCUCCUCUUCUUCUUCCUCCUCCUCCUUCUCCUCCUUUUCAUCAUUAUCUUCCACCUCUUCCUUUAUCAAGAAAUCCUCCCCAACUCCUCCAGUCAAAGAAACUGCCUCUGCUACCCUCUCAGGUUAUGUGCUCAAUAACAUGCUUAGUUAUCACAAGCUGCCUCCAGGUGUUUCCUGGCUGGAGUAUAUACAUAGUAAUAAUGACCAGCCUCUUCCCACUCAAUCACCAGCUCAGAAAAAAAUGCCUACAGAUAAUGACACCAUACCGAACGAGACAAAAGGGCCAAAGGCACUGUACAAACUUAUUCAGACACCUUCAAAGUGA